UACCAAGUUUGUUUUCGCGCAUGCGCAUUGUCAGUAGCAGUACAGAUACACGAUGGCUGCGGAUACUACAACCCUGGUAUCUCUGGUGGAAGAAUUUGUUUCGGGGCUGCAGGACAACAAAGCCCGCGACAUCGCAACGGCUGUCAAAGAUGGGAAGUUCACCGUUUUGCAGCUGGUUGAAGCUUUGGGACACAGUUUAACAAGCUCUCAACCUCACACUCGAGCCAGAGGAGUCCAGCUGCUGUCUGAUGUUUUACAGGAGUGCUAUGCAAAUCUUACAGAGAAAGAAGUGACAGUGCUCAUUUCAUUUUAUGAAAACCGUCUAAAGGACCAUUAUGUUGUCACCCCACCUGUUCUACAUGGGCUCAGAGCAUUGACUAAAUGUACAGCAUUACCUUCUGGCUCAGCUGUGUCCAUGCUGCGGUCUUUGUUCCAGGAUGUUCACGUCCAAUCUCUGAUGCUGGCAGAGAGAUCGUGUGUCUACAACAUGCUUAUCAACCUCAUGGAGACAAGAGAGUCUGAGCUGAAGGGUUUGGGGGCAGAUUUUGUGUUUGGUUUUGUCCAAUCAAUGGAUGGGGAGAGGGACCCUCGCAACCUGCUGCUGGCUUUCCAGAUUGCCAAAAGCAUUAUUCACCGUGGAUACGAUCUGGGUAAAUUUACAGAGGAGCUGUUCGAGGUGACAUCCUGCUAUUUCCCCAUUGACUUCACUCCUCCUCCCAGUGAUCCACACGGCAUCACCAAAGAUGAACUGAUCCAGGCUCUGAGGGCUGUCCUUACAGGGACACCAAAGUUUGCUGAGUUUCUGUUACCACUUCUCAUUGAGAAGCUGGACUCAGAUGUUCAGAGUGCAAAACUGGAUUCCCUCCAGACUCUGACUUCUUGCGUGUCACAAUAUGAGCAUAAAGACUUGGCAGAAUUCCUUGAGGGGCUGUGGGUGUCACUGCGCAGGGAGGUUUUUCAAACACCCAGUGAGAAGAUCGAGUCUGCAGGCCUGACUGCUCUUACCGCACUCACUUCCUGUUUGUCUCGCUCAGUCCUCAACUCAGAAUCUGAAGACACGCUUAGCACCUUCCUGGACCUUGUUCUCAAAGACUGCAAGCAUCACCUGUGUGAGCCAGACUUAAAGCUUGUGUGGCCCAGCACCAAGCUGCUCCAGGCCGCCUGCGGCGCCUCCAACAGGGCGAGCCACAUCAUCACGGCGGCUGUCAUGCCUUCUCUCAUUGAGCAGUACAACAACAGGACACAGUGUUCCCAUAGACGAACAUUACUGGAGGUGAUACAAAGAUUCAUCCAGUCAGUAAAAAGCAGUCAGCCAUCAGAAAGUGAAGAGACCGUAUUCGGAGCAUUCCGUCAGUCCCUGUGUGGGAUAGUGUUCUCAGCCCUGUCGGAGACUAAUUCCAGUCUGCAGAUCGUGGCCACCUCUGUGCUCACCUCACUGGCACAGCAAGCAGGUUUACUGUUGGACUCUGACGUUGAGCUGGCUGUGGAUCAUCUAACCAGACUGUUGCUGACAGAAGAGGACGACAGAGUGAGUCUUGCUGUGGUGGAGUGUGCUGGGUCAUUAGCAGAGCUGCACCCGACAGUGUUCAUCACUAAACUAAUACCAAGACUAAAGACUGAAAUUUUUGCUGAGCCCAUGGAGCAAGACAACAAUAACCGAGAAGCUUCUGAGCUACAUUCUCAUCAUGCAAUGCGGCAGCGAUGUUUGUCUGCUUUAGCUGCGAUCUCCACUCAGCCCAGCGUCGUUCACGAGAGCACACCCGUCAUUCUGGAGGUGCUGAGUUCAGCUCACACAGGUAGCGUUAUUUUCACGGUGGAGGAGGUGGUGUUGGCGUGUCACAGCCUCCAGAGGAUAGCGGAGCACGUUGAGGACACGGAGGAGUCGGGACAGUGCUUUCACGGCGUCGUCAUCCCACGCAUGCUGUCUCUGGCCCUUCAAGCAGCACUCCAGGGUGAAGGGUCGACUGGUUGUCAUAGUCCACUAGCAGAGGAGAAGGUUUUGACCGCGAUGGUCCCCGUCAUCAGCACGUCAUGCUCCAGGCUGCAGCCAAUGUUGGCGGCACAGACGGCAUCAAAGGCCGUUUCUCUCUUCCUGGAUGCUGACGUCUCCUUUUUGCCUAACAAUUCCUUUCCAGCGAACAUCCACCUGCUCAAGGCACAUAAUGUUUUCCAGAAGCAGCACGAGGGCUCCUGGACCCAGUCUCAGAUGGUUUGUCUGCUCAUUGGCUGUGUGUGUUCAUUACCCCGCAACGUGGAGGUGCCCCAGAUAGACCAUCUGCUGUCACAGCUGGAAGACAUGAGCUGCACCUGUGGCCACCUGCUCUCAUACACCUCUGCUGCAAAGUGCUUCGCUGCUCUGGUUAACAAAAGAUCUCAGGGCGAUUCUCUUGACACUGUGAUUCAGAGGACGAUGAAGAGGGUAUGUGGUGAGUUGGACUCCACAUCUUCGCCAGUUCGCCUUCAGGCUUUCACACUCAUGGUCUGGGUUGCUAAAGCGCUGCUUCUACGAUACCACCCUCUGUCCACAACCAUGACUGACAAGCUCUUCUCUCUGCUUGAUGAUGCUGAGCUGGGUUUGAUGGCAGCGGAGGGCUUUUCAUUGCUGAUGAGCGACUCUGACGACGUUUUGAACCGAGCUUCCCACGCUGACGUGCGCAUCAUGUACCGCCAGCGCUUCUUCAGCGAGAACUCAGCCAAGUUGGUCGAGGGCUUCAACGCAGCUCCACAAGAGAAAAAGGCCAACUACCUAAAGGCUUUGUCCAACAUAGUAAAUAAAUUGCCAAAGGAGGUUCAAGUCACUGAACUACCAGCGCUCCUGUCACUGCUACUGGAGGCCUUGUCCUGUUCUGAUCAGGGUGUCCAGCUGUCCACCCUGUCCUGUUUAGAGCCUGUCCUCAUCGACCCACCGCCAGCUCUUAUACAGCAGCUGGAAGCCUUGGUCAGCAGGUUGUUGGUCCUCAUUGGCAGUUCAGCCAUGAAUGUAAGGAUUGCUGCCCUGCGGUGCAUCCGCGCCCUUUCUGGCUUCCCUGCACACGAGAUCUUGCCUUUUCGGGCCAGAGUGCUGCGAGCGUUGGCACAGCCUCUGGACGACAAGAAGAGGCUGGUGAGGAGUGAGGCCGUUCAGGCGCGAGGAGAGUGGUUCCUCCUGGGUAGCCCUGGUGGAAGGUGAUGUCCCUUCACACCCAAUUUUCUGCUCUUCUUAAAUACCAAUAACUGAUUUAAUUACACAAUAAAACAGAUCAUUUUUGUCUAAUUAAAGAUAACUCAAUCUGAUAAUUCAGUCCUCUUUUUAUCUCCUGCUGAGUGAUUAUGUCUGGGUGGAGUUAAGACAAGGUAACCUAUGUAACCUAUGAAUGUUCAAGCUGUCCUCAACCAUUUCUGCAUGUGUCAUACAUCCACUGAAAGGACCGUUUGUUUUACUAUGUUGAGAUUAAUGUUCAUUAAUGGAUUAUUGUUGAAGUUAUGUUCAACAUCUGCCUUGUGUUCUUUUAAUGUUGGAACAAUAUUCAUGCUGUGUCACAGUAAAUGUUGCUUCAGUAAAGUCAGCUGACUUUGGACCUCAAAGCAAAUUAUGCCAAGGAAAUAGACAAUAUUUAAUAUGUCUAACUUAAGAUGUCAUUAAAACUUGUAAUAAUAGACAAAGUGUAAUUUGUCAUUUUUAUAGAAACACAUUAAAAGCAAGAUAUUUCUUUAUUAAAAAAACAAACAUUUAGAGCACAGCUCCAAUGUUAUAACUGAUAUCACAGCUGUAUAUCAUCCCCAUGGCAACUAAAGAUCCAUUUCAUCAUCCAUUAAUAAAGAUGUAAACAUAUUCACAUGAUAAAUCAGAAACAGUUCACAGUUUAUCAUUUGUUCAAAGUGCCUCGUUAGAAAGGUUGGAAAAACAAAUGAGGCACAGCAAUAUUUAAUAUGCAGGACAAAAACACCAAACAUGAUAAAAUGUGCUUCUUUACAUAAAACGAGCAACUGAUCAAAUUCCUAAUUGGUGACUCUUUGGCAGAACAUUAGUUCAGACCAGGCCGUUUGUAAAUUGUUAAAGGUGUUUUAUCACCUGAGGAAAAACUGUCAGUUAUGAAGUCACAUGAUUUAUACAUAUCUGAAAAAGCAUCUUCCCCGUUCCACAAAUUUCAAUAAAAAUGCACUUCCUUUCAAAAUGGUGGCAGACAAGUCAAACAGGUUGAGGCUUAGAAACAGCUGGCCUGCAGCACAUUUCU